AUGGUUGUUGGAGGGUGGACUGUUCCUUUAAUAUCAAUGCCUUGUUGGAGUGUACCAUGUAUUAUUAAUAGUUGGAUGUUGAUUCAAUAUGCAGUAGUACUGACUAUUAUUAACAAACAUGUUGAAUGGGUAAAUGAUGCAAUUCUUAAGCUAGGAAAUAUUGACACAGACGUCAAUAGUAAAACUGUUUUUGACACUAAAACUCCGCUUGGUGAACCGAUCAUCGAAGAUAUAAUAAAUAUGAACUAUGUUCAUAAAAAACUAUGUGACAUAUCUCAAGAUAUUGAAAAUUUUUAUGCGUUUCCUGUUUUAUUGGGUAUUAUUUAUUUAACUGCAACAACUAUUUUCCAACUACGUUUUAUGAUUAUAUCAUUAACGACAACUAGUUAUGGAUUUCCUCCAACAUUAAUAUAUGCAGACAGUGGCUCGUGGUCUCUGAUAGCACUACUAAAUUUAGUAUUUUUGACUGCCAAUGUAACGAAAACGACAAAAGAAUUUAAAAAAACACCACUUUACGUUCAUUUGCUGUUGGAUCGAUGCACGACAGAUUCAAAAACUGAACAAGCACUGAUUGAAUUUUCUCGUGAUCUCUUACACAGAAAUGUUGAAUUCAGUACUUAUGGAAUCAUUGUACUAGACGGUUCUCUUCUGCACUCAAUUUUUGGUACAACAGUAACAUACCUUAUUAUUCUUACACAAUUUCGCGUGCGAUAAAUUUACCGACUAUAACCAAUUAGUGGUUUUUC